AUGGUACAGUUCUCCCUUAGCCCUAUCCUAUGUCCUUCUCUGUUACGCAUAUUUUUGCGUAUUUUGGAAUCCAAUUUGCUCGCUUCUCGCUCGCACUGGAAGCAUCGAUUAGUCGAGCGAAUAGUGAUCUCCCCUGCAUCCGCGACCGCCAGCACCCAUCCAAACACAGCUAACUCUACUGGGUCCAACAUCCACUUGUCCAGUAUCACAUCCGGUGUCCGACCGAUCUCGGGAACAUCUGGUGGAAAUGCCGCGGAAAACAUGUCGGCUGACGGGACGAACGUUACGGCCCAAGGCAAUUCACAACUCACCGUGUCCGAUGAAGAGUGUGAACGACUCUGUUCAAACAUGUUGCUCACACAGAAUGCAACAAUUGUACACAUGUUACUGGAGUACUGUCUACCUACAGAGAUUGAACGGAAUCGCGAGUCGGAAGUGACAGUACUUCGUGAAAUCCGGAAUAUCAUUUGCACCUACAUUCAUUACAUGUUCAUUGCUGAACCGGCCCUGGCGGAUGUGAUCGUCUGGCAGGUACGUCAGUCAUGGUCUUGGCAGUGA